AUGCUGGCGAGCCGAGCUGCGUGGGGGGAGCCUGGAGCCAAAGGAUACAUCUGGGGGUCCAAGGCUGAGGGAAAACCAUCUGAAGUAUCACUGGAAAAAGCUGAGGAGCAGAUGCAGGAGCAGAAACUGAGGAGUCAAGAUGGAGUAAAGAGACAAGAAGAGAGACAGGCUCACACAAGGGACAAACCUCAUAUAUGCUUGGAGUGUGGAAAGAACUUCAGUCGGAGUAGCACCCUUACUAGGCAUCAGAGAUGUUACACAGGAGACAAACCUUAUAAGUGCUUCGAGUGUGGAAAGAGCUUCAGUCGGAGUGACAGCCUUACUUCGCAUCAAAAAACUCACACAGGAGACAAACCUUAUAAAUGCUUGGAAUGUGGAAAGAGGUUCAGUCAGAGUGACAGCCUUACUUCGCAUCAAAGAACUCACACAGGGGACAAACCUUAUCAAUGCUUGGAAUGUGGAAAGAGGUUCAGUCGGAGUGACAGCCUUACUUCGCAUCAAAGAACUCACACAGGAGAGAAACCUUAUAAAUGCUUGGAGUAUGGAAAGAGCUUCACUUGGAGUAGCACCCUUACUUCACAUCAAAGAACUCACACAGGAGAGAAACCUUAUAAAUGCUUGGAGUGUGGAAAGAGCUUCAGUUGGAGUAGCAUCCGUACUUCGCAUCAAAGAACUCACACAGGAGAGAAACCUUAUAAAUGCUUGGAAUGUGGAAAGAGCUUCAGUCGGAGUGACAGCCUUACUUCGCAUCAAAGAACUCACACAGGAGACAAACCUUAUAAAUGCUUGGAGUGUGGAAAGAGCUUCAGUCAGAGUAGCACCCUUACUUUGCAUCACAGAACUCACACAGGGGAAAAACCUUUUAAAUGCUUGGAGUGUGGAAAGGGCUUCAUUGACCAUAGCACCCUUACUUCUCAUCAAAGAACUCAUACAGGGGAAAAACCUUUUAAAUGCAUGGAGUGUGGAAAGGGCUUCAGUGACCGUAGCGCCCUUACUUCUCAUCAAAGAACUCAUACAGGGGACAAACCUUAUAAAUGCUUGGAGUGUGGAAAGAGCUUUAGUCAGAGUAGCACCCUUACUUUCCAUCAAAGAAGUCACACAGGGGACAAACCUUAUCAAUGCUUUCAGUGCGGAAAGAGCUUCAGUCGGGAUAGCCACCUUAAUUUGCAUCACAAAACUCAUACAGGGGAGAAACCUUAUAAAUGCUUGGAGUGUGGAAAGAGCUUCAGUCAGAGUAGCAACCUUUCUUCUCAUCAAAGAACUCACACAGGGGACAAACCUUAUAAAUGUUUGGAGUGUGGAAAGAGCUUCAGUCAGAGUAGCAACCUUAUUUCGCAUCGCAGAACUCACACAGGGGACAAACCUUAUAAAUGUUUGGAGUGUGGAAAGAGCUUCAGUCAGAGUAGCGCCCUUACUUCGCAUCACAGAACUCACACAGGGGACAAAACUUAUAAAUGCUUGGAGUGUGGAAAAAGCUUCAGUAACAGAUACACCCUUACAGUGCAUCAAAGAACUCACACAGGGAACAAACCUUAUCUAUGCUUGGAGUGUGGAAAGAGCUUCAGUCAGAGUGGCCACCUUACUUUGCAUCACAGAACACAUACAGGGAGCAAACCUUAUGAAUGCUUGGAGUGUGGAAAGAGCUUCAGUGACAGUAGUGCCUUUAGUAGUCAUAAAAGAACUCAUACAGGGGACAAACCUCAUAAAUGCUUGGAAUGUGGAAAGAGCUUCAGUCGGAGUAGUGCCCUUACUUUGCAUCACAGAACUCACACAGGAGACAAACCUUAUCAAUGCUUUCAGUGCGGAAAGAGCUUCAGUCGGGGUAGCCACCUUAAUUUGCAUCACAGAACUCAUACAGGAGAGAAACCUUAUAAAUGCUUUGAGUGUGGAAAAAGCUUCAGUGUCAGUAGCAGCCUUUCUUCGCAUCAAAGAACUCACACAGGGGACAAACCUUAUAAAUGCUUUGAGUGUGGAAAAAGCUUCAGUGACAGUAGCGGCCUUUCUUCGCAUCAAAGAACUCACACAGGGGACAAACCUUAUAAAUGCUUGGAGUGUGGAAAGAGCUUCAGUCAGAGUGGCCACCUUACUUUGCAUCACAGAACGCAUACAGGGAAUAAACCUUAUACGUGCUUGUAGUGUUGAAAGACCUUUUGUCAGAAUGGCUACCUUCAGUCACAUCAAAAGAUCCUUUUAAGGGAAGAGAUGUAUAAAUGCUUUGAAGUGGAAAGAACUUUAAGCAGAGUUCUGCUCUUUCUCUGCAUCCAUACGGGGAAGCCGGGCUUCAAACAAGAUUUUUAUGGGAGUUUCAGACCCCCGACAGUGUCCUUCUCUUACCUUAACCACAGACUGUUCCACUUCCCUUCAUCCAGGGCUGUGGAGUUGGAAUCAGGGAGUGGGAGUCGGAAGCAAUUUUGGGUGGAGUCAG